GGGUCUCCCCCGUCUCUUGCUCCUCCUCCUCCCAUUUCCCUGGCCGGUUUGUCCCCUUCUCCCAUUCUCUCUCUGUGUGUGGAAGGGGCCCCUGUGUGGGGUUAUCAUCUGUCUGUACUCACUUCUUUGGUGAUGUCAUCCAGCCUCGUGGCUUUAAAUACCAACUUUAGGCCAUCAACCCCUGAACUGACAUCCCCAGACCAGACUUGUCCCCUGAAUUCAUAAAUGCAGCUUUGAGCAUUCUACAUUUCCACAGGGAGCUGUGUCAGACAUUUUCCAACUCCGUGUGCCUGAAACUCAGUGCUUGUCUCCCAAACCAGCUUCUGCCACUUCCCUCUCCAUCCACACUCCAUCUUUUCAAUGACUCAGGCCAGAAACUUUGGUCAUCCUGGAUCCCUCUUGCCUACACACUUACAUCCACUCCACCAGCAAAUGUUGGCUGUACCUCUAAAAUAUUUCCACAAUCUCCCUAGAUGAUCAUAGCAGCUUUCCUGGGCUCUCUGACCCUCCCCCAAAAUUUGUUCCCCAAAGAGUCAUAGAGACACCCACGCAUACACACAUACACAGGAAGUAAGUGGCCUUGCCACCAUCAGGGUGACAUCCGCUAUAGCUACCUCUCUACUCCCCCACUGUUCCUCAGGACUUCUCUGGACCACAGCCAGAUCCCUUCAGCCCCCAGUCCACCAUGACCCCUCCAGGCCACAUACUGCUUCUGCUUUUGCUCCCAGCUGCUGCUGCCCAGAUGUCCACAGGUGAGCCAUCGCGCCCUACCUUUGACCCUGGAACUUCAGGUUCCUGUUCCGGAUGUGGGCCCCUCUCCCCACUUCUCCUGGUGGGCCUGGUGGCUGCAGAUGCCAUCAUGUCACUGAUAAUUGUGGGGGUGGUGUUGGUGUGUGCCCGCCCACGCCCAGGCCGCAGGCUCAACCAUGAAAAUGACAAAAUCUACAUCAACGUGCCUGGCAGAGGCUGACCUCCUGUAACUUCAACCUUUGGCUUCUGACCCUCUCAUCCUGUGUGUGAUGGCACAGGAACAUGUACACCACCCCCACCCUUUAGUAUUGAAUAAAGCGGUUCAAAUAUC